AAUGGAGGUCUAUAGCUGGUAGACUGAUAAUGUAUGGUGCUUUUGCACAAUAACUUGUACUCUAUUUGGGAAUAUAAUUUCAUGGGCAUUUAAUAAUGUAGAGAACAGCAUUUUUUUCUUUGUAUUAGGGGACCACCUUAUUAAGCCUGCUGAGCACAGAAAAAUAAUACUGUUGGGAAAAAAAAAGGAAAGAAAAGUAGCUUUGGUUGCUGAAGCUCUCUGUUGCUCAGGCAAUCCAAAUAAGGGAGAGUAUUUUAAUAACUCUGAUAUUUGAAAGAAAAGAUAAUUGAGAAUAAUAACGUUUUGAUGUCAUUGUGACCCUGGCAGUCAGUUUACCGUUUUACAGCCCCCUAGUUAAAUCCUUUUAUUUUCCUCUGGGGCUAAGGUUGUUGAGAGGGCUCCUUAGUGCUCCUCACAGGGUGUUUAUGAAUUUCUACCAUUUUGCGAGUUUAUGUAGUUGGUAACGUGAUUGUGACCCGCUCAGAUCAAGCGUUGCUGUGUUUAAAACGGGCCAUUAUUUCUAGGAGGUAAAUAGAUGGUGGAGGCAAGGAUAUAAGUUUAAGUUUAAGUUUUACAUAACACCUUGGAGGUCCUGGAUUACCUUUUACAAUGUACAGAAAAUCGCUUCACUUGCAGCCAAACGUGCACAUGUAUUUUUCAGUGUACAAAUAAAUUCAUCCUAAAAUAAGUAUGAAAAAUGUGCUUGAUUGGGAACUGUGAAAGUCAAUAUUUUCCCUUCUGGAUUUCGUUUGAAGAGGGUUUGGUAAACAGAAGUGAUACUUCAUUAGAAAUAUCAUAACUAGGCUUCCCGGCCUCUGAAUUGUCCUAUACUGUCGGAGAAGAAUUCAAGGACAACUCUUUAGCCAUCAAAUUAUACAUGAAAUGUCUGUAACUGGCCUUACGUUUCAACAGACCUAACUCAGUUGUCUGGGAGUCCCCGGAAAGGCCAGCCUUAAGAGAUUAUUAAAAUAUCAGUAAGCAUGUUUCUGUGACUCCUGGUACAGAGUUUGAUUCACAUCCCUUUUGUAUAAAUGUGCCUUUAUUUUUUUUCCAUUCUGAAAUGUCAAGUGGAUUUUCUGUUUGCACUUACCUUGAAUGAUAGUUUUUGAUGACUAACGCAUGGUUAACACUGGCUCAUUUUGUUUCCUAUAAGAAGUUAGUCGAUAAACAUGUUUUUACUAAAAGCCUGAAAUUUAGUGAAGGUAGGAGUGAAUGUUAAUUCUUUCGUUUAUAGUCGUCUGCAAGUAACACAUAGUUUAGACUAUGAAAAGCUUAAAUACUUGUGUAAGAUGACAUAGUACAGCAAGGCAGGAUAUUAUUUUUAUAGGGGAGACAUGAUUUGAUUUCCAUUGCUUUAUAUCUUUUGAUAUGUGCAGCUUAACUGCUUCAAACAGCAGAUUUAGUUCUGCUCAUACUUCCAAACUUAUCAGAAGCAGGCUCUCCUUAUUUUGUGAAAAGCAUUGAAAAUAAGAAAUCAUAGAAAUCCCAAUAGAGAUAAUAAUUUCUGUUCUAGGGCGUUCCAUACAAGACUGCCCCUUUUUAAGGAAUUUUGUAGUCCUCAAUUAUGCUGUUCAAAUUUUAGUUUCAUUCAAUUCAGUUUAAUAAAAUACACAUUCAGAAUUUAAGAGGUGGUAUAAUAAUGAGUAUACUCCAUGCUAGUGUUGGAGAAUAUUUUCAGGUGUUGGCCAAAAGAGUUGUAAUUGGAUCAAGGUUUUAAAAAUAUGUAAAUACUUACAAUUACAGGAGUAAUAAAAAGGUUUAGGUAACUAAUCUUUAUUGGUGGAAAUAGUUUUCAGAAAUCUCUUUCCUGUUUCAUAAUUUAUGUAUCUUUGUCUUUAUCAGUGUAGUAAUAUAUUUUAUAAUCCUUACAAACCUGAAGUUUUCAGGCCAAUGUACUGUAAAUAUGUGUACUACCUAUUACCAUCUCAAAUGUACUAAAACACAUUUUAGAACUAUUAAAGACAAAAGAGCAACAAACAUUAUAUUCUCUUUGACAUAUUUGAUGCGAGCAGAACUGAUUCAUUGAUUUUUUUAUAGCUUUUAAUGCAUCGCAUUUGUGGAGUAAUGAAAAUGCAAUGGUAAUGGCAAUAACGUAAGCAAAAAUUGUAUCCUAAACCUGAAAAUUACUUUUCAGAAAAUUCAUUGUAGUGUAAUCACAGUUUGAGGCUUUCGGGGGGCAGAAGUUCCCCUGAUGAUGGUGUUUGGAUUCAGGCUAAGAGGAACUCCUUUUUUUCUAUUUAGGUGUUCUUUAACGGACACAUUUUGAAUGAGUAAUUUAGCAGAAGUUUUUAGUGAUCAUUGUCAUAGCUGCUAAUCUGUAAACAUUUAUGCUUCUAACAUUCGAAGAAAAUGUAUUUUUUCUGUCACUGCGUACGGCAAAUUUUCUUUUAUUGCACCCUUAGCUUUGGCCUACUCUCCUCGAAGUGUUUAUAUUAUAUCCUGUAUCCAUAUUAUUUAUAUAUUAUCACCUCUUUACUGACUGUCACAUCAGUAUUACUUAAGCCAUCUUUCUGUCUUCCACUAUUAAUAGUAUUGUGUUAUGUUGCCCUGCUGUGCUUUUUAAAUAUUAAGGGUUCCAUUUUUAGCAGAUACAGAAAACAGUCCAUAGGCUAUUUUCUGGUAUGUUGUUUGUAUGCUUUUGCAAUACAGAGUCCACUCUGCCUUGCUUUAUCCUUGUGUUUCUUCCCUCCAGUGGAACACAGCAAGUUAUGUUAACUCUUCGAGUUAGUCUAACUGGUGUAGCAACACAAAUGCUUUUGAAAUAAGUAGGCAUACCAAUGUGAGAGUAAAUUAAUAUUUUACAGCAUUUGCAUCAUGUUUGACUGUUCUCUGCACUUCAGCAGAAUAGGAGGAGACUGUAAUUUGGACUCUAUAAAACCUUAUCUGCCAGGUGAUAGGUAAAUAGGAUGGUGUGCACAUACAUCGAUACACAAGGCAACACUCUCAACUGUUAGCUCAUAAAGCAAGCACUUUGCAAAUCCACGGUACCUGCACCUUGUUUGAAAAUGAUGAUCAAGUAUUUUGAUGCUUCAUUUGAGAUGUUACUAGAUAAAAUCAAGAUUUCUACCCCGUCCCAGGCCCUUAAAACAAGUGCUGUGUAAGAAUAAAUAGAAUAUUAUGAGCUUCUAUUUAACUUGGCCACUAUUUAUAUUUGUAACUCAACAAGCUUCUUAGUGAAGGACAGUGUCUUCCAAGGACUUGAGAGACGUUAUAGUCUCGAACAGCUUCGUUCUUUGUCUGUCUACACUUACUGAUUACAUGUGGGGAAACCAAGGCCUAGAAAACUUCCUUCUUCUGCAUAUCAGUCCCAGGCGUGCAGUAGAUGCUUAAAUAAAUACUUGGCGAAUGGAUUAGCUAGAAGUAAGAAUACUUUGGCUAUUAUUCAUUACUUUGCAGUGUUGGAAAGCAAUCGAAAUUAUUUUCCUUUCCAGCUGGGCUGUGCUCUUAAAAAUAGUGAGUGUGUAUGGAUGAAAAUAAUCAUGAGAUGUGUUGCCAUGUACCCAAGGAUAAUUGGCUCACUUACCUGUUUACAGAUUAUUCACAUUGGAGAUCAUAUUCAUAGCUCCAGAAUAGUUCUUUUCUGGCACCCAAUAUAAUCCUGGGCCUUCUCCUUCCUACUGUUACCUGGCGUGGGCUUAGGAAACCCAAACUAAAUUUAAAACCAGCCUAAACAAAUAUGCAGAUCAGCUCCAGUAAUCAAAGGCUGAAAAAACUCAGUCCAGCAAUGACUAGUUUGGGGAUUAGUUUAUAAUAACUGUGCUACUGAUUUUAUUUAAUGUGGACAGUUGGGAACUACCAGUAUUUAAAAACAUGAUUUAAAUAGAUAGUGCUGGAAACUAUGUUAGCAGAUCGAGUCCUCAACUUCUUCCAUUUCUAUGCAUAGGUCUUUACCUCACAAAACCUACUACAAGCACCAAGCUCCCUGAUGGAAAGGAGGAUCGUGCAGCAAAUCACCAGGGUGGUCCAUUCAAGCUGCAGAUUUGUCUGGCAUCUUGGGACAGCAGGCUCGUCCUCCGCAGCCACUGCAGGAAAGUGCGUCACCCAUCAGGUCACAGAGAGCGCUGGUGGACGUCUCUCCUUGCCCCAAGAUCUUCGGUGGAAGUCCACGGGACUUGGUGUCUGUGCCGUUCAAAGUAUAUAUGAACUCGCCAGGAGGCAUAAUGCGUCACCAUUUAAUUCUGGGCCACCCUAAAGGAUGACACCCAGCUUCAGAGACCACCUCUUGGACAUCAUCCCUGAGAUCCAGUGUUGUAGCUCCCCAUUGUCUGAAAUCCGUUUCUGACCGAGUGUGAGCUGCCUUAGGCUUAGGCAUUCAAUGGCCAAGACCAUGUUGCAGCGCCACACCUUUUGUCCCUUUCAGAGCAGCAGCUCGCUCUGAGCUCUUGUUGAGUCUUUUACACAGAUAUGCUAGAAAACAGGCACCAACCCAUUCUUUCCAUCUUGGCAUUUUCCCACAAGCCUAGUCCUGGGAUGACCUGGAGCGGAGAGGCAGUGGAGGAUAAAUUCAUCUUGUACAGACUUGUUCCUGCUAGUUCUAGCCUGUCUCUCGCCACAGAUCUAGCUUUUAAAUCCUCAAGUGAUUGGUUUUGCGUAGGAAUGUGUGGAUUGUUGGAUCGCAAUAAUUUUCUCCCUGAAUUUCUAGUGUUUAUAUAAGCAGAUGUAUAUAAAAAAAGUUCUGUCAUUGGUGUAAACAGCAGGGCCUAUUUUUAAUAGUUACAGGUGCUUAAAGAUGGUGCAGAAUAAAAAUGUAAGUGUUUUUUUUUUUUUUAUUGCAAGUUGCAACACAACCAAAAGUCUAUAUUAAUGUUUUGCCAGGAAAGGGUCAACACGGAAAAUUUGCAACAAAGACAAACUAGAAUAGAACCAGUGCAAACAGAAGCUGACAAAUAUAUGCCCCAUGUUGGGAGUUCAGCCCCUGGAAUGUUAUGUAGGACAAAAGGAAUGGAAGAGGUAUUUCAGUAACAUUUUGUUCUGUGUCAAAAACCUUGUGAAAUAUAAAUCUGCUGUGUAUUGGAGAAUGGAUACAGCAAUUGAUUCAGGUUGAAUAGCUUUCAUUUAACUAGAAUAUCCCACAGAAAGCCGUUCUUGUUCUGACAACCAUAGUUUUGUUUUUCUUGACUUAAAGAAAAUUGAAUUCAUGUUUACAUAUUUUAUAGGAUUGUUUUACGGACAAAGACACAGGUCAAAUCCCAUCCCAGCACAGUGGCUAUUGUUAUAGCAAAUAGAAACAUUUCUAAAUGAAAUAAAACCCAUUUCUAAGCCAUGGCCCUUGGCCCAUAGUAAUCAUACUACAUUGGUGUUAUGAAACCGUUUGCAACUAUCAAUAAUUCAGUCGUAGAUGUGCUUUUUUUCUAAUUCUGUUUUUAAAAAAUAUUCUAGUCUCUGGCCAACACACAUACCCAUGCAUAUACUUCACUGAUUUGCAUAGUAGAGAAGGAAGAAUAUGAAUAUGUAUAGUAGGAGUCAACUUUAUUUUGGACUUUCUGGAACAGAUCACUUUUUUUUCCUCCACAUGAUGGCUCCCUGAAUUGCUUCCAAUUAUUGAACUUUCAUAAUUGCCCACAACUCUGUCUGUGUCCUUCUAACGGUCUUGCCAUGUCAACCAACCCAGCCAAAAGCUAGUAGCCAGUGAUAGUGGUUUAAGAAGCUGGACUUCAGAAUCCCCCUGCCAAGGGUAUUCUGUUAUUCUCCAUUUGUACACUUCUCAAGAAGAAAUUAGGUGCUUGUUGUUGAGUUUUUUCAAUUCCCAUCUCAUUCUGGCAUUGAUCUUGGACUCAUUUGCAAACUAUUACUCCUGAAACAUUUUGGCUCUCUGUGACCUAUUGUUCAGUAGAAUCUGAGGUUUUCCAGGUACAUCAAAGACUUAAAUUUUAGGGAAAUUGAUCAAAAGAAAACUUCUCUAGGAAUAAAUGUCUUUUAGGUUUUAGCUCUAUUCUACCUUCAGGGUUCUUACCUGGAUGCCUUAUAGUUUAUUUCCUUUCUGUAUUUAUACUGAUUUGAUACUUGGGUUUACUGUUUUCUGUUUGGAAACAGCUUUUAAAAAGUAACACAGAGCUUAAAAAUAUAAAACAGUUCCAACCUGCUCCAUUCUUACCUUGACUGCCUUUUCUGCCUUAUUGCUAGACCACUGCUCCUCUUUCUGCUUCUCUUCUGGGAUUUUAUCUGCUCAGCGAUUGUAGUGUGUGAUUCUGAAUUCUAUGGUUUGAGUUUCCUGACCAACUUCUCUUUGCAUCUGAGUCUAUUUCCUGUGCGUAAAGCUUUGGCAUUCCAUUCUUCGAUCCCAGUCAAAAGUGAAACUUUCAGUGCUAAUAAGAUUAGUCCUUGCGACACUAUUAAUUCUUUACUCUCCAUUUCUCACUCCAUUGUUGUUUCUCAAAGACCAACAUUUCUUUGUGAUUAAGAACGUCAUUAGGAGAUGGUAACUACACUUAAUGUGAUCAUUUCACAGUGUGUACAAAUCUUGAACCAUGAUGUUGUACACCUGAAGCUAAUGGAAUGUUUUAUGUCAGUGAUACCUCAAUUUAAAAAAAAAGAGGAGGAAAAAACCCAUUUCAUUUUGGUGUCACUUCUUUAAGACCUCCUGGAUUUUUGUUUUACUGAUACACUCCACAGCUUCAAACUGCAGGAACCAUCAACAGGUCUUUGACAAAUUAGUUGUCCCUACACAUGGUUUACAAUAUUACACUUGCUGUUUAAAAGUAAUUAAGCUUCUCUCAGUGUUCUUUGCUGUGGGUCAGGAACUUUAUUUGCUGUGCCAUCCAACACAGAAGUUAAUCACAAAUGGGUCCUCUGAACCAAAUAAUUAAAAAUAGAGCAAAGUUUCUGAACCAGGCGGUUGGCAGAAAAGUCUGUACUUCCAUCUGUGCAUGGUUAGGAAAAUAUUUCAUGAUACUGAAAUAGCAUCAGCCUUGCUCUCUUUUGUGUGAGAGUGUAUCUGUGUGACUGCAUGUCAUUCAGUGCUCUGAAUGUUUGUUUGACAGUUAGCUAAUCAUAUAUAUAUAUAUGUAUAAAAGUCACUGGCAAAGAAACAGGAAAGCAAAUCCAGGUGUUCUGUGCAUACAUUCUUUAUUUGCUGGUUUCUGUGAAGGGAUAAUGGUCUUGCUGUUGCUUUUCUGUUUAGUGAAAGUUUUCUCUAAGCAUGUGCUUCAGAAACUUAAAGAGCAUUACUUUUUUUUUUUUUUUUUUUUGGUGGUACGCAGGCCUCUCACUGUUGUGGCCUCUCCCGUUGCGGAGCACAGGCUCCGGAUGCGCAGGCUCAGCGGCUAUGGCUCACGGGCCCAGCCGCUCCGCAGCAUGUGGGAUCUUCCCAGACCCGGGCACGAAUCUGCGUCCCCUGCAUCGGCAGGGGGACUCUCAACCACUGCGCCACCAGGGAAGCCCAAGCAUUACAUUUUGACUUGAAAAUCUUUACGUCUUUUGAUUCUCUGUCUAUGAAUAGCCUUUGCUAAUAGCUUUUAGGAGCUGUUCUUAGGUGAAAUGCUGGUGGAUCUGUUUCAGUUUGGAAUAUGGACGGUUAGGAGUUUCUGCUCUCUGGAAGGAGACGUAUGCCUGGAAUAUAUAUCAAACUCAUAAACACUUUAUGACAGAGGUACAGACAUGCAAGUGACUGAUUUUGAGAGAAAUUUAAUCCUUCAGUUUGGAUUUUCCUUUGUUUUCACCAGUAAUCAGUAACUUUCCAAAUAUGUUCAGUUUUGGCCAGUUCUAAACCGAUGCUAUGACUUUAAAAGUAUAUGUUCUAUUUAUAAGGUUCUAAUUGCUAUAUAAAAUAAAGAUUAUUCCCCUCUGGUAUUUCUCUAUUGCAACUCUCUCUCUUUAUCCCUGGAAAAGUCUUAUUUUUUUGUUGAUUUUCUUUCUCCUGGGAGAGCCACUGUAUUAAAUAACAACUAAUGCUCAAUAAAUACACCAAAGGGAGAUUUAAGAAUUAUUAAGAGAAAAAAAAAAAAGGAAAUGUCUUAAUUUUCUUCCUUUGGCUCCGAAACAUAUGUAUUUCUCAGAGUUACCAGUUUCUUUAUGCUUCCGGACACUUAGAGCCUAGGCAUACUCUUAAUACUGUGAUAAUAGAAUUAAAUACUGAAAUUAAGAGCUGUGGAUUGACCAUGCUCACAUAAAUUGAAAUUAAGGAAGGAGGAAUAUCUUCGAUAAAUGUCAUUAUUAAUGUAGCAGCUAAUUCUUGAGUUUAGCUAUGAAGAUCAACUAAAGUUGAUGAUAGUUUGAUUAUUGAGGUACUUUGUCAUUCAUGAAACUCAGAAUUUAAUAGUUUGAUCAUUUGGGCAGUUUGUCAUUCAUGAUGUUUAAGAGACCCUACACAUCUUUCUGUCCAACCUCCUGAAUUUACAUUCAACUUCAUUUUGUUCAUUUCUUGCAAACCUAUGAAUGCCCAGAGGGAACAAUAAAGUUGAAUAAAUUGUGGCCUGUGGCUUCAAACAAAUUAAUCUUUGAUUUCCUUUUCAAUAUUAUUGGGGGAAUAGCUUUUAUUUAUUUUUAUUUAUUUAUUUUUAAAUUUUAUUUUUGGCUGUGUUGGGUCUUCAUUGCUGUGCACAGGCUUUCCCUAGUUGCAGUGAGCGGGGGCUGCUCUUCGUUGCCGUGCGUGGGCUUCUCACUGUGGUGGCUUCUCUUGUCGUGGAGCACGGGCUCUAGAGUGCGGGCUCAGUAGUUUUGGCGCAGGGGCUUAGUUGCUCCGUGGCAUGUGGGAUCUUCUCAGACUGGGACUCGAACCCGUGUCCUCUGCAUUGGCAGGUGGAUUCUUAACCACUGCGCCACCAAGAAAGCCCGGGAUAGCUUUUAAAAAGAUACACAUGGAUUUUGCUAAUUAUUAUUUGCUAAUGUAAGAUAUUAGGAUUUAACAUAUUUUGUGCACUCUGAAUACUCAUAAGGGCGAACGGUAGAUGUCCUAUUUUUUUUUUUUUUUUUUUUGGCCGUACCAUGUGGCAUGUGGGAUCUUAGUUCCCCGACCAGGGAUCGAACCCCUGCCCCCUGCACUGGGAGCACAGAGUCUUAACCACUGGACCGCCAGGGAAGUCCUGAAUGGUAGAUGUCUUUAGACUUUAAAGUUAGUGCUGGAUUGAUCUUCUCUUAUACGAGACAGCUGACAUUGCUGAUAUUAAUUAGACUCCCCGGAAAGGGUGCCUGGAUACUCAAGUUCUUCACACUUUGCUUGUGGGAGUGUUAAAUUUGUUUCUCUCAUUCAUUUCGGCAUCUUCUGGACAACAGUAUAUGGCCUUUCAGUAUAAAAAACUGCAUUUGAUUGUUGAUAUCUUUAUUCAAUAAAUCAUUUGGUUGGCGAAUAUUGAUUUACCAGAUUCAUGAUCCCAAACAAAAGAAACAGCACACACACUAAAGAAAGGUCAUUGUGCAGAGAACCUAUCCUUUUAAUAAUAGUAAUGGCUAGCUGGCAUAUUGAGGAUUUAGGGUAUGUCAGCCACUGUGCUGAUCACUUAAUCUUCACAGUAAACCUAGUUGGUAGUUAUUAUCUCCACUCAACAGAUAAGGUAACUGGGAUAGUAGCUUGCCCAAGGUCACACAACUAGUAACUGGGAGGAUUGGGAUUCAACUCAUACCAUUUUAACUUCACACCCUAUGCUCUUAACUAAUUAUACUUUAUCGCUUACCACCCAUGUCAUCGUGAGACUUGCAAGACUGCUUUCAUGAAUGUGAGCUAUAUACAAAAGCAUAGUUGCAAACCAAGAUAAACUAUAAAGAAUAAGGAUUCAGUGAGCACUCAACUAACUCUCCACCCAGAUUUCAUAAUUACCACGAAUACGAUGUCCUCUCUGUGGGGUCCUCCCCCAUCACAUCACCUUUCUUCCCACCUCAGAAGUAACCACUAAAGAAAAAUGAUGUUUGAAAACAUUUUUAACAAAAGCGCACAAAAACGUAUCCCAGCCAGAUGCUCAUUUUGUUUUCCCUCCUUUUUCUCGUCUCUCCUCGCUGCUCGGCCAUCUCAUCUCUCGGUCAUCCCUCCUUUUUCUCGCCAUUGUGGGGCAUGAAGAGGAACUGAGUCAGAUCUGCGUCAAAAGGUCAGGGAGAGUGUCCUCUGCUGUGAUGUGCAGGCCUAAAUGCCAUGACUGCAUUCUGGAGCAAAAUGAAAGCGUUUAUUUUGAGGCCUCCAGAGUAGUGCUGCUACAGACCAUGAACAAGAAAGGGGAGACCUCAGCCUGCACGAACGGUCUUGAAAUGCAAAUGGUCUUGGGUCUAGGCUUUUUGUAUUGAGUUUCUCUACUGUCUCCCCUUCUGCUCAAGCAAAAUCUGUGUGAAAAGAUCUGCUGGGAAGGAGCUGACUGCUUAUGAUUCUCCAUUGUGAUGAAAGCACAUGGUACAGUUUUCCAAAGAAAUUAGUCCGUUUUCUGGGUGAAGAAAAACCAAUCUGUUUUCACAGGGUACUUCUCCCUUCCCUGUGAAAGGAAGAAAGAACACGCCUGGGCCCAGGAGCGCUCCAGCUUCUUCUGGGAAGUCUCCAUGGUGAAGGACAGGUUGGGGCUACCUGUGAACCGUGCACAGUGAAUGUUAUUCCAGGGCGGCUGCUGGCGGAUCGCACCCACAGGGAGAUGAUUCCUCAUGAAGAGCCUGGAUCCCCUACAGAAAUCAAAUGUGACUUUCCGUUUAUCAGACUGAAAGCAGAGCCAGCCAGAGAGUGAAACGGUCACCGUGGAGGGGGGACGGCGAAAAAUGAAAUCCAACCAAGAGCGCAGUAACGAAUGCCUGCCUCCCAAGAAGCGCGAGAUCCCCGCCACCAGCCGGCCCUCGGAGGACAAGGCCACGGCUGUGCCCAGCGACAACCACCGCGCGGAGGGCGUGGCAUGGCUCCCGGGCCACGCGAGCGGCCGGGGCCACGCGGGCGGGCGGCUAGGGCCGGCGGGGCCCCCGGCAGAGCUCGGUUUACAGCAGGGAAUAGGUUUACACAAAGCGCUGUCCGCGGGGCUGGACUACUCCCCACCCAGCGCGCCCCGGUCCGUCCCGGCGACCACGACGAUGCCCGCGUACCCGCCCCCGCAGUCCGGGGCCCCGGUGUCGCCCGUGCAGUACGCCCACCUGCCGCAUACCUUACAGUUCAUCGGCUCUUCCCAGUACGGCGGGCCCUACGCCGGCUUCAUCCCUUCUCAGCUGAUCUCCCCCACGGCCAGCCCCGUCACCAGUGCGGUGGCCUCGGCCGCGGGGGCCGCCACUCCAUCCCAGCGCUCCCAGCUGGAGGCCUAUUCUACCCUGCUGGCCAACAUGGGCGGCCUGAGCCAAGCCUCGGGACACAAGGCUGAGCAGCAGCAGCACUUGGGCAGGACCGCGGGGCUCCUGCCCCCCGGGUCCCCACCACCCACCCAGCAGAACCAGUACAUGCACAUCUCCAGCUCUCCGCAGAGCGCCGCGCGCCCGGCCUCCCCGCCGGCCAUCCCCGUCCACCUGCACCCGCACCAGACGAUGAUCCCGCACACGCUCACCCUGGGGCCCUCCCCGCAGGUCGUCGUGCAGUACAGCGACUCCGGCAGCCACUUUGUCACCCGCGAGGCCACCAAGAAAGCCGAGAGCAGCCGGCUGCAGCAGGGCGCGCAGGCCAAGGAGAUCCUGAACGGGGAGAUGGAGAAGGGCCGCAGGUACGGGGCGCCCACCGCGGCCGACCUGGGCCUGGUGAAGGCGGGCGGCAAGGCCGUUCCCCACCCGUACGAGUCCAGGCACGUGGUGGUCCACCCCAGCCCUGCCGACUACGGCAGCCGCGACUCCUCCGGGGUGCGGGCCUCUGUGAUGGUCCUGCCCAACAGUAGCACCCCUGCCGCCGACCUGGAGGUGCAGCAGGUCACCCACCGAGAGGCCUCCCCCUCCGCCCUCAACGACAAAAGCGGCCUGCACCUAGGGAAGCCCGGGCACCGGUCCUACGCGCUGUCUCCCCAGCAGGCCCUGGGCCCUGAAGGCGUGAAGGCCGCCGCCGUCGCCACGCUGUCCCCCCACACGGUCAUUCAGACCACACACAGUGCUUCGGAGCCCCUCCCGGUGGGACUGCCGGCCACCGCCUUCUACGCAGGGACUCAGCCUCCCGUCAUCGGCUACCUGAGCAGCCAGCAGCAAGCGAUCACCUACGCCGGCGGCCUGCCCCCGCACCUGGUCCUCCCCGGCACCCAGCCCCUGCUCAUCCCUGUGGGCAGCGCUGACAUGGAGGGGUCGGGGGCGGCCUCGGCCAUCGUCACGUCGUCGCCCCAGUUUGCUGCAGUGCCUCACACGUUCGUCACCACCGCCCUUCCCAAGAGCGAGAACUUCAGUCCCGAGGCCCUGGUCACCCAGGCCGCCUACCCAGCCAUGGUGCAGGCGCAGAUCCACCUGCCCGUGGUGCAGUCGGUGGCAUCCCCUGCAGCCGCGCCCCCUACGCUGCCUCCCUACUUCAUGAAAGGCUCCAUCAUCCAGCUGGCCAACGGGGAGCUGAAGAAGGUGGAGGACUUAAAAACGGAAGACUUCAUCCAGAGUGCGGAGAUCAGCAACGACCUGAAGAUCGACUCCAGCACUGUGGAGAGGAUCGAGGACAGCCACAGCCCGGGCGUCGCCGUGAUACAGUUCGCUGUCGGGGAUCACCGAGCACAGGUCAGCGUGGAAGUUUUGGUAGAGUAUCCUUUUUUUGUGUUUGGACAGGGCUGGUCAUCCUGUUGCCCGGAGAGAACCAGCCAGCUCUUUGAUUUGCCGUGUUCUAAACUCUCCGUUGGGGAUGUCUGUAUCUCGCUCACCCUCAAGAACCUGAAGAAUGGCUCUGUUAAAAAGGGCCAGGCCGUGGAUCCCGCCAGUGUCCUGCUGAAGCACUCAAAGACCGACGGCCUCGCGGGCAGUAGACACAGGUACGCCGAGCAGGAAAACGGGAUCAAUCAGGGAAGUGCCCAGAUGCUCUCUGAGAAUGGCGAACUGAAGUUUCCAGAAAAAAUUGGAUUGCCUGCCGUGCCCUUGCUCACCAAAAUAGAACCCAGCAAGCCCGCGGCCACGAGGAAGAGGAGGUGGUCGGCGCCGGAGAGCCGCAAACUGGAGAAGUCGGAAGACGAGCCACCUUUGACUCUUCCUAAGCCUUCUCUCAUUUCUCAGGAGGUUAAGAUUUGCAUUGAAGGCCGCUCUAAUGUAGUUUGUUCGUUUGCUGUUGGGAUGGCCGAUGAGCCAGUCUCCUUUUCCAUGGCCAGUCUGAAGGCCCCCUUUGGAAGCGCUGUUUACAGUCAUCCUUGCCGAGGUAACAUUCUGUCCUCUGGAAUAGCAAAGCUGAGCGGUUACCAAGCUGGGUGUGUAGGUUUCCUCUGCUUCUUACGUGAACCGCCUACUCGUAAAUCAUCCGGUCCAGGAGUGGGGUGAAUUCUUUAGUCAGUGAACAUUAAACUUGAUACCUGUGCAUUCAGUUCUGUGAAUAACUGCCCUUUUGGCCUUUCGGGGAGGUUUCUUCCUCCUCGGCCUUCACUGCUCCCUGUAAACCCAAAUCAGUGUCAGCUGAAAGGCUCCAGCUGAGCCCAGCCAGUAUUCGUGGUGGCCUUCGGUUAAGAUGAGAGUCCUAAUUUCUAGCCAGUGGGGUCCUGGUCCCAGAGCCAUCUCUGAGAGUCACACUGUUGCAUUUUUUAGUAUCAGCUCACGACCCACCAACCUCCCCAUCAUACGCCUCCCACCGGCCAAGGGAAAAAGAGACACUAGACCUCUGAGGGCACUAUCAGACUGACAUGGCCAGUACAGAGGAGAACUAGGGAAGGAAUGAUGUUUUGCACCUUAUUGAAAAGAAAAUUUUAAGUGCAUACAUAGUUAAGAGCUUCUAUCAUGACAGGAGAACUUUUUUCCAUAUGCGUGCAUACUCUCUGUAAUUCCAGUGUAAAAUAUUGUACUUGCACUAGCUUUUUUAAAACGAAUAUUAAAAACAAUGGAAGAGUUCAUAUUCUAUUUUCUAAUCGUGGUGUGUCUGUUUGUAGGAUACACUCGAGUCUGUUUAUUGAAUUUUAUGGUCCCUUUCUUUGACGGUGCUUGCAGGUUUUCUAGGUAGAAAUUAUUUCAUUAUUAUAAUAAAACAAUGUUUGAUUCAAAAUUUGAACAAAAUUGUUUUAAAUAAAUUGUCUGUAUACCAGUACAAGUUUAUUGUUUCAGUAUACUCGUACUAAUAAAAUAACAGUGCCAAUUGCAAA